GUGCCCUUCAUAUACAUGGGUCAGGGGCAAGAAGGCUUCAUUAAUAGAAACUGUCCUAAAACCAACUGUUACGUGACAAGUAAUCGCUCAUAUCUUGGAGAUUAUACCAACUUCGACGCCAUUGUCUUUGCUGGGCCCGAAGUUGUACAAAUUAAGAAAAAAUACUUACCUCAUAGAAGAUCGAUUCAUCAGAAAUAUGUUUUUGCAUCCAUAGAAUCAUCUGAUAAUUACCCUGUGUGUUCCAGCAGAUUUAAUAACUAUUUUAAUUGGACUUGGACAUAUAAAUUGGAUUCUGACGCUCAAUGGGGCUAUAUGGCUAUACGAGAUACAGAGAAUAAAGUGAUUGGUCCGAAAGCAGAUAUGCACUGGAUGAAAUUAGAUGAAAUGGCACCUGUUAGUGAAGAGUUAAGGUAUAAAUUGAAGAAUAAAACCAAAGCAGCUGCUUGGUUUGUAUCUAGCUGUAUAUCACGAAGCAGACGACAUAGCUACGUUCUUGACUUGGCAGCUGAACUAACGAAAUACGAUUUGAAAAUAGAUAUUUAUGGUGAUUGCGGUAAUUUGAAAUGUUCCCGAGACAAUGAAGAGGAGUGUAAUAAAAUGAUAGAAAGAGAAUACUUCUUUUAUUUGUCCUUCGAGAAUUCCUUUGCGAAGGAUUAUGUGACGGAAAAGUUGUUGUAUCCGUUGAGAAAUCUUGCUGUGCCCAUUGUGUAUGGUGGAGCAAAUUAUUCAAGAUUUAUGCCUGACGGUAUCUACCUUAACGCAAGGGAACUGGGCCCAAAAAGAUUAGCUGAAAAAAUGAACGAGUUAAUAGAAGACCAAAAGAAAUACGCCGAAUACUUUAAAUGGCGGAAUCACUAUUCAUAUCACAAAAGACACGAAACAGUAGAAACAGACGAUUAUUGCAAAUUCUGUUCUUUGUUGUUUGAUGAAACGUUGGUGAAAACGAAAUCGGUUUAUAAGAAUUUUAAAAAGUGGUGGGAUCCCCCUUACAGGUGUUCGAGAAGAAGAAGAAGAAAGGAUAUGCAAAAUGAACGUCGGAAACGUGUGGUAUUCAGACCCAAAAUAAGCUUUUACAGAUGA